CAGAAGUCAAAUAAAAGGCGAAAUGAAUCUGUGGACAGCGCUGAUUGGUUAACCUCCCAUAGCUACCUGCCGGCACUUGUGUCAAACUACAGUGUAAACAGUAAGCUGGAACUUUUCGCUACAGUUGGAUUGCUUGGAUGUUUAGUGACUUGAGGUUGACCAUGUGGCUGUCAAGUUUAUUCCUAGUGACACUCGUAGGCUGUGCUUCAGCCACCAAAACACUGGUGUUAGUAGAUACCCUGGCUACCAGGGAAACCCAUUCCAUCUUCCUGAAAGCACUGACUGAUCGUGGCCAUGACUUGACCAUCAAGUCAGCUGAUGAGCCGUCCCUACAGCUGGCGCGAUAUGGAGAAUACCUCUACGAUAACCUCAUUCUCUUUGCUCCAGGGGUUGAAGAGUUUGGUGGGGCACUCAGUGUUGAGGCCAUAAUUGAGUUCGUUGAUGAAGGUGGCAACUUGAUCGUGGCAGGCUCCACUGAUGCUGCUGAUCUCAUUCGUGAGCUGUCCACCGAAGUUGGUGUGGAGAUGGACGAGGAGGACGCGGCAGUCAUUGACCACCUCAACUACGACACAAGAGCUGAUGAUGGGCAGCACACCCUGGUGACAGCGCCAGUGUCAGGUCUGCUGCAGUCCAGUCUGGUGGUGGGGCAAAAGCCGUCCGCCCCGCUGCUGUACCGAGGCACGGGUCUCAUCACCGACCCUGAGAACCCCUUGAUCCUGCCUGUGCUGAAGGCCUCGUCCACGGCCUACUGCCACAACCCAACCGAGCCCAUUACUGAGUACCCACACGCCACCGGGGAGAGCGUGGUGCUGCUGGCUGCCCUGCAGGCGCGCAACAACGCUCGUGUCCUCGUCUCAGGCUCUCUCGAGUUUUUCUCUGAUGCCUUCAUCUCCGCCGCCGUCACCACGGCUGACGGUUCAUUUUACCCAACAUCCGGCAACGGAGGGGUGGUGGAGGCCGUGACCAAGUGGGCGCUCAAGGAGGCUGGUGUUAUCAGGGUCGUCGAUGUCACCCACAACAAGGUUGGCGAGAACUCACCUCCGUCUGAGUACACCAUCAAGGACGACCUGGAGUACCACAUCACAGUCGAGCUGCUCGAGGACGGCAAGUGGAAGCCCUUCAAGACCAACGACCUACAGGUCGAGUUCGUGCGCAUUGAUCCCUUCGUGCGCACCUCGCUCAAGCCUUCCGACUCUGGCCGCUUCUCUGUGCGCUUCAAGGUGCCUGACGUGUACGGCGUGUAUCAGUUCAAGGUGGAGUACAACAGAGUUGGCUACACCAGACUAUACCACUCCACUCAAGUUGCGGUUCGUCCGUUCCUGCACACGCAGUACGAGCGUUUCAUCUGGUGCGCGUAUCCGUACUACGCGUCGGCGGCGAGCAUGAUGCUCGGCGUCUUCCUCUUCUCCUUCGUGUUCUUGCACCAUAAGGAUCCCGCUCCCAGGGAGAAGUCUGACUAAACUGGGCAGUGUAGUUAGCAUAUUGUGCUCUCCGUGCACCUGCUGUUUUUUACUAACUGAAUUUUUUUAGUGUGAAAUAUUUACCCGUCUUGGAACUCUUUUUUUUUAUGUACAUUUCAGCAAUAUGCCUCUCAAAUUUAUUAGCACUUUUCUCUAGAAUUAACGUCAAUUCAUAGUCAUAGACACAGUCAUGAGCAAUUGCCCCUUUUAAGAACCACCAAUAUUCUUGAUGACGACAUCAAGCUUAUUUUGGCAAUACAACCAUAACCGUGUCCAUUUACGAAAUAUUGUAGUAGAAGUAUGGUUUAGAGAUUUAAUCGUCCUCAACAACUUAACUGUAUCGUUCUAAAAUGCUCGUUGAUAAUACGUACAUCGCUUUGAUGCCUGAUAUGAUCAUGGUGUCUGCUUUGGGAGGAGGUAGCUUUUUGUACCCCAAAGCCAAACUAUGGACCAAGACUGCAUGCGAAUUUAUGUUCCUCGACAUUCCUCGACUUCCUGGCCUCGUUGAUUCGGUCAACUUUUGUAUGAAUAAUUUGUUAAAUUUCGGAUUUUAAUCAUAAUCUAGCUAAGUCAACGCGCAUUCAUUAGUUCAUUACCCUCGCCUGUUUAGUUCAAUUCCCAUUCAAUAGAACGGAGUUUUUCUGUAAAACGUGGCAGGACAUUCUGAGUUUGAUUUGGAGUUUAUUAAUACAAAAGAAGCGUUUUUGUUAGAAAAUUUAUUUAUUACCCUAAUAUAUUUUAUGUCUCCACUUAUUUACCACUUAUCAAAAGGCAAAAGUUUCUUUGGA